CUCUCAUAAGUUAACACUCUCUUAACCGCCUCAUGGGAUCUUCAUCAUAUGUGCGUUUGUUUUUUGCCUGCUGCUUGUGUUGCAUCAGAGCUAUGCCGACUAAACUCAACGUGAACGACAGACCUGUGAUCGGUAUUUUGACGCAGAUAGUUUCAGAUGAAGUCAUGAAACCGUUCGGGACGACCUACAUACCUUCCUCCUAUGUGAAAUUCAUUGAGUCUGGGGGCAGCAGAGUGAUGCCUAUCAGAUUGACUCUUAAAACCACUGAAUAUGAAAAGAUCUUCAGGAAUAUCAAUGGCUUGCUUUUCAUCGGGGGAGCAGCAGAUUUGGAGACAUCAGAUUUUGCCAGGGUGGCAAAGAUUUUCUACAGACUCGCUCUGAUGGCCAAUGAUGAAGGGGACUUCUUCCCCAUCUGGGGUACGUGCAUGGGCAUGCAGCUGCUGACUGUGCUGGUGGCCGGAGAAAAUCUGCUGGAAAGAACCACAGCUGAGAACGUAGCGCUGCCCCUCAACCUGACCACAGAGGCCAGCUCUAGCAGGAUGUUUGAGGGGUUCCCCGACAGUCUUAUGAGGGCUUUGACCCAAGAACCACUAACUGGCAAUUUUCACCACUAUGGACUUGCAGUGAAGACCCUUCAGGAAAAUGAGAAGCUGCAGAGUUUCUUCUCCCUGCUGUCUACAAACGUUGCUGAGAACGGAAUCCACUUUGUUUCAACCAUAGAAGGUAAAAGAUAUCCCUUCUAUGGAGUGCAGUGGCACCCAGAGGUGAAUCGUUUUCAGUGGGGCCGGAAGCUGAACUUCCCUCACUCUGCUCAUGCUGUUCAGUUAUCUUCUCUGCUGGCUGAGUUUUUUGUCAAUGAAGGAAGGAGAAGUUUACAUCAGUUUGACAAUCCUGAGGAAGAGGCCUCGUCACUGAUUUACAACGACACGCCUGUCUACGCUGGAAACUUCACAGGAUAUGAACAGCUCUAUUUCUUCUGAAAUCCCCUACCGUCUCUGUCUGUGUGGUAGUCUGCUUGUACAACACAGCACUUAAUAUGCAGUCUCUAGUGAUUUUAACCAAAGAUAGUCCUCAAAAAUAGUAUGAGUAUAUGUUGUUAUUGUGCUUAUUUGAAUAAAUACACUUUUUUUUUGUCA